UCUUGAAUGUCGAACAUCGUACUCCUCUCCGAAUUCACAUCUUCCGGAGGCUUCAACCCCCUAUAUCCGAGCAAGAGACACCGCGAGCGAGCGAGCGAGCGUCGCAUUUAGUUUCUCAGGUCUCCUCUUCUCUUUCCCUCGAAUGGCGGGCGGUCUCCCCUCGGCCCUUAGGCGCCUAUACCUCUCCAUCUACAACUGGACUGUCUUCUUCGGAUGGUUACAAGUGUUGGUUCUCGCUGUCAAGACGCUCCAUGAAUCGGGCCACGAGCAUGUCUACAGCGCCGUCGAGCGCCCUCUCCAGCUCGCUCAGACUGCCGCCAUCUUGGAGAUCCUCCAUGGUCUUGUUGGUCUGGUUAGAUCCCCGAUAACUGCCACCCUGCCUCAGAUUGGUUCGAGAUUGUAUGUAACUUGGGGCAUCCUCUAUAGUUUUCCCGAGACUCAGAAACACAUAAUGGUUAGCUCCUUGGUAAUUAGCUGGUCCAUCACUGAGAUUAUCCGUUACUCUUUCUUUGGCAUGAAGGAGACUCUAGGUUUUACGCCAUCAUGGCUAUUGUGGUUGAGGUACAGCACUUUCCUGUUGUUGUAUCCAACUGGCAUUGCCAGUGAAGUUGGGCUAAUCUAUAUUGCACUUCCAUACAUUAAGAGAUCUGAGAAGUAUUGUGUAAGAAUGCCCAACAAAUGGAACUACUCUUUUGAUUAUUUCUAUGCCGCUAUCCUUGCUCUUGGAAUCUAUGUCCCAGGGGGUCCUCACAUGUACAGCUAUAUGCUUGGGCAGAGGAAAAAGGCUUUGGCUAAAUCAAAGAGAGAGUAGGAUGGGACAAUGAUUCUGCAAUGCCACAUGAAUUUCCAAAGCUUGUAUUUUAGUUUUGUUUUAAGCCCUGUCAACGAUAUAUUUGCUGGGAGGGGGGAGGGGGCAAGGUUUAUUUGUGCUGUCUGUGAAUUGAUUUAUUCAGCUUGCAAAGAACAAUUUAAUGCAAGUUCAGAAUUUUAAUAUACGUCUUCCUUUCAUUUUCUCUUC